GAUAACCUGGCGAGUGGCAGCGGCGCUUUUCCCGUGCUGUGGCUCACGCUUUGGUACUGGAGGCCAAGACUGUUCUGGCGACGGCUACCUCUGCGGCUACGGCUGAGGCUCUCGGAGGAGUGGCGGAGUACGGUCAGGAGGAAGGGCUUCUGGUCAGCCCAGGUUCUAUCAUAAUGAAUGGAUCCAGUGUAGCCAAUACAUCACCUAGUGUAAAAUCCAAAGAGGACCAAGGAUUAAAUGGGCACGAUGAGAAGGAAAACCCAUUUGCAGAGUACAUGUGGAUGGAGAAUGAAGAAGAUUUCAACAGACAGGUGGAGGAGGAGCUGCAGGAGCAAGACUUCUUAGACCGCUGUUUCCAGGAGAUGCUGGAUGAAGAAGACCAAGACUGGUUUAUCCCCUCACGAGACCUGCCUCCGGCCAUGGGACAGUUGCAGCAGCAGUUAAAUGGGCUGUCAGUCAGCGAUGACCACGAUUCUGAAGAUAUUUUGAGCAAAAGUAACCUGAACCCGGAUGCCAAGGAAUUUAUUCCGGGAGUGAAGUACUGAACUGACAGAAAGCUUUGAGGAGAACUUGUAUGUCCCCACAUCUGGGGACAGUGCUGCACAAAGAGGCGGAGCUGAA